CUUCACUCUCUCUGAUCAUUUCUCUCUAUCUCGACCUCACCAACUCUUUCGCUCUCUCCAUCUCCAUCAUGGCAAAGCUCUCUGAUUCCCGCAAUUCCAACCGUUCCGAUCGCCGGAACAAAUACCUGAAGCCGAAUCUGGGUGGCCGGAAAUUGGGUCCUCGGAAAUUGGCGACGCUAUUCCAGGGUUUGGGGCUCCAAGACAAAACCCCUUCUUCUUUCAUGUUAUCGCCUAUGUCAGCAAAGAGUCCAAGCCCUAACCCUAGAUCUGGAAUCCCGAGCGCACCUCCUACUCCCAAUGCACCGGCGAGGCAUGGUCUCCGGCCACCAUCUCGCCUCCGUGGCUCGGAUAUGCGGCAGGCUUUUCGCCGAUGAAUGCAGAAUGCAUGAGAGGUAUGGCAACCGCUGCACUCUUUGUUGUGCUGGGUGUACUAGCUGCUUUAUAUUGAUUAUCUUUUCAAAGGAUGCAGUGCAUCCAUGAAAAUUUGGGAUGCUCUCUCUAUGACUGUGAGUUCUAUUCCUCCUUUUCUAUGAUUUUUAUUGAUUGGCUGCUUUUAAACUUGAAAUCCAAUACCAUUCUGCAUUUUGGUGUUCCUUGGCAAUGCCUUUUUGCUGCUUAGCAUUUAAGGAAAUGCUGAUGCAAGAUUUUUUUGGGUAAUGAUUUUCAUGUGGAAGCCUAGGACAAUUUGCAGAUAAGUUUGUGGUUACUAUGAAGCCAAUAAGGCUGUGAAUGCAAAAUUUGCUAGAAAUGUUGUGCAGCUUAGUUGGAGUUUUCCUGCAAAGGAUUGGUGGCAGAGACUCUCUGCUUCUGGUGUAUUACGGAGUGAUUGUAGUUUUUCAUUGAAGGGGAAUCUCUGCCAUGCUUGGAGUUGGUCAAGAUUUGGAUGCAGAUCUUUGGGGACUUUUAAAGAGAUUGGGAUUGGAUUGGGUUACAGGUCUCAGCUCGACUCCAACCUAUUCACAUGCUUCAUCAGAGGAUUUGCUAUACAUAACCAAAAAAGCUUGGAGACAACUUGGCUGGUUGCAGAUUUUUCAAUGUCCCUAUUUCUCUUAGAAAGUGAUUUCUCCAGGUCUGCUGAUAUUAGUUAGGUUCUUCUUAUCUUUUGGCCUCUGCGAACCCAUAUAUUUUCUCAUGUAUUGGUAAUAGUAGUUUUCUUGGCUAUCUGUACUACAGUAGUUAUAGUAGUCAUAUAUGUAAACAGCUUCAACCUUAUAAUAUUAUUUCCUUUUUCUGAA